AUGGCGGGAAACGAACGAAACGUCUACACGGGCCCAGACGCCCUGAAGAAAUACUUCGACCCGGACUCAGCGCCUCCGCUACCGUUGGUUGAGCUGCCGGAGCACUUGAAUCCAUUCUACAAGGAUGGCGUCCGCAUCUAUGCAAAGAUGAUGACCAUGCAUCCUGCCAACAAUGUCAAAGCCAUGCCAGCAAUGAACAUGCUCCAAUCAAGCGUAACACCCUCCACCAAAACUGUCAUCGAAUACAGCUCGGGCUCAACCGUGAUCUCCAUGGCCAUGAUCGCCCGGGUAAUGCACGGCAUCGACGACGUGCGCGCGUUUCUGAGCAAUAAAACCUCCGAAGCUAAACUGCGCCUUAUGCAGUUCUUCGGGCUCGACAUCACGCUCUUCGGAGGACCUUCGCAGCCCGAGCCGUUUGAUGAGCGCGGGGGUAUUCAGAAUGCGCGAUCGAUGGCCCUGGGAUCCGGGGAGAUCCUUAACCCGAACCAGUACGAGAAUGAUGAUAACUGGGGCGCGCAUGUGCGAUGGACGGGGCCACAGAUCUUCAAACAGUUACCCGAGAUCAACGUGCUGUGCGCGGGGAUGGGGACCUCAGGGACUAUGACGGGUCUGGGGACGUAUUUUAAGGAAGCGAAGCCUAGUGUGGUAAGGCUGGGAGUUUGUACGGCGGCGGGAGAUAGGGUUCCUGGGCCGAGAUCGUUUGCGUUGUUGGCGCCGGUUGAGUUUCCGUGGAGGGCUGCGGUGGAUGUUAUUGAGGAGGUGAACUCUUAUGACUCUUUCUCGUGGUCGUUGGAUUUGUGCCGCGAGGGUAUUGUUUGUGGGCCGUCGUCUGGGUUCAAUCUGAAGGGGUUGUUCCAGAUGUUCGAGAAACGCAAGGAGGCAGGGACUCUGUCUGAACUCGCCGGUCCGGAUGGCCUCAUCCACUCUGUGUUCCUUUGCUGCGACUUGCCAUACCAGUAUAUCUCCGAGUACUUUUCGAAGCUGGGAGCUGACAAGUUCCAUCCCAUUCGCAAUGAGGACCUAACACAAGUCGAUCUCUACCGCUACGACGAAAGCUGGGAACGCAGCCCCAUCGUCCUCUUCACCCACUUCUACGAAACCCCGAAAUCUCUCACCCAAAACCUCCUCUCCAACCUCAUCCUCCGCCCGCAAUGCUGCGUCCUCGACCUCCGCACCGCUCCCGACUUUUCCACCUGGCACCUCCCGGGCUCCGUCAACAUCCCGUUGCAGAGUCUGAACUCCCACACUCCGAAGCCGUUCUCGGACCCGCAGGUCCUGGAAGCCGAGUGGCGCGAAUUAGAGGGGAUUUUCAGUGAAGAAAAGGCCAUUGCGCAGUUAAAGGGACGCCAUGUGCUGGUGAUUUGCUAUAAUGGGGACACGGCAAGAAUCGCGACGAGUGUUCUGCGGGCAAAGGGAAUCGAGGGUGACAGUCUGCGGGGAGGAUACCAGGCACUGCGUGACCACGGUCUAUGGACCGAGGGUGGUGUUGAGGUCCCUGCGCCGGUGGAAGAAAAGCAUGAGAUGCCCUAUCCGACCGCAGUCCCGGUGGCAUCUGGCCCGAUGAAUUGA